AACGAGUCCCCCGCCCCCGGAACGAGGCUGCGCCAGGUCCCGGCGCGGCCAUGAGCGAACUGGAGCAGCUGCGGCAGGAGGCGGAGCAGCUUCGCACCCAGAUCCGGGACGCUCGGAAGUCAUGCGGCGACUCCACCCUGAGCCAGAUCACCGCCGGGAUGGACCCCGUGGGGCGGAUCCAGAUGCGGACGCGACGCACCCUGCGAGGCCACCUGGCGAAAAUCUACGCCAUGCACUGGGGCACGGACUCCAGGCUGCUGGUCAGCGCCUCACAGGACGGCAAACUCAUCAUCUGGGACAGUUACACCACGAAUAAGGUCCACGCCAUCCCGCUGCGCUCCUCCUGGGUGAUGACCUGCGCCUACGCCCCAUCGGGGAACUACGUGGCCUGCGGGGGCCUGGACAACAUCUGCUCCAUCUACAGCCUGAAAACCCGGGAGGGGAACGUGCGCGUGAGCCGGGAGCUGCCGGGCCACACGGGUUACCUGUCCUGCUGCCGCUUCCUCGAUGACAAUCAGAUCAUCACCAGCUCCGGGGACACCACCUGCGCGCUGUGGGACAUUGAGACGGGGCAGCAGACGACGACGUUCGGGGGCCACAGCGGGGACGUGAUGAGCCUCUCGCGCCCCGACGCCCGGAGCUUCGUGUCCGGCGCCUGCGACGCCUCCAUCAAGCUGUGGGACGUGCGGGACAGUAUGUGCCGGCAGACGUUCACCGGGCACGAGUCGGACAUCAACGCUGUGUGUUUCUUCCCCAACGGGAACGCCUUCACCACGGGCUCGGACGACGCCACGUGCCGGCUCUUCGACCUGCGCGCCGACCAGGAGCUCAUGAUGUAUUCGCACGACAACAUCAUCUGUGGCAUCACCUCGGUGGCGUUCUCCAAGAGCGGGCGCCUCCUGCUGGCCGGCUACGACGACUUCAACUGCAACAUCUGGGACGCCAUGAAGGGCGACCGCGCAGGGGUCCUGGCCGGCCAUGACAACCGCGUGAGCUGCCUGGGGGUGACGGAUGACGGGAUGGCCGUAGCCACCGGUUCCUGGGACAGCUUCCUGAAAAUCUGGAACUAGCCCCCUUCUGCCCCACACCCU